CCACAGUUGGCACACGGCCAAACGCCAGCAAUCGGCCAGCGGGGUCGAUAGUGAGGCGGCUGUCUCCCGAGGAGGUCAAGCGGCGACGUGAGAAGGGUCUUUGUUUUAAGUGCGAGGAGAAGUUCACUCCGGGCCAUCAGUGCAAGCAAGCCUUUGUCAUUGAAGUGGCCAACCCGGACGACGAGGAGGUUGAGGUUGAGGAGGAAUCGCAUCAGGAGGACGAGAUUGAGACCUUCAGUGAGGAGCCUGAAAUUUCGAUGCAUGCGAUGAUGGGGAUCAGAGGACCGAAAACAAUGCGACUACCAGCAUGGGUCAAGGAUCGAAGAGUAGUGGUGCUCGUAGACAAUGGUUCAUCGCAUAAUUUCAUCAAUGCUGACUUGUCGCAAAAGUUGAGAUUGCCAACCACAAAGAUCGAGCCCUUUGAGGUACGAGUAGCCAAUGGAGAGAGGUUGCAAUGCUCUGAGUCUUUUCGAAAGGUGCCGAUCAAGUUCCAAGGGGUCACGAUAAAAGCUGAUCUGUAUGCUUUACCACUAGGCCUUGAGUUGAUUUUCGAGGUCAUGGACUGUCCAAAUCGAUAUCGUGUUAUAUGCGCACAGCUUCAGUUAACCGACGAUGCCCGACUCUGGUGGAAUGCCUACUGGAGCAUGCGUCCCGGCGAGAAAGAGGGUUGUACCUGGGAGAGGCUCAAGGAGCUAAUCCGAGAGAAGUACUAUCCCACAUAUUAUAGAGCAGAGAUGGGGCGUCAUUUUCUGUCGCUCAAGCAGGGUACUCGUUGUGUUGAUGAGUACGAGAGGGAGUUUACUAGACUUGCAGCUUUUGUUCCGGACUUGGUGCGUACGGAGGCACAGAGGGCACAACGCUUCAUCGACGGGCUUUACCCAGCAGUCCGUCACAACAUUGUAGGUUACGGGACCCAGAACUAUGCUCAUGCU